GAAACGCCUCUCUUGUCUGUGUCUCUUUUUUCCACUUCUUUUCCCUUUUGCAACGUCUAUUACUGCAACGGUUUGCGUUUCUUACGCGGUUGAACAAUAAGAAUACCAUGACUUCUACUUCGUGUAAAACCAUUCUCGCCUCCAAAGUUUCUGCCUCGUUCAGAGAUCAAAUCCACAAGGAUAUUGAGGAACGUAAGAUCCAGCCCAAGUUGGUAGGCUUCCUCGCCAACGACGAUCCUGCUGCCAAAAAGUAUGCUGAAUGGACCGCCAAGACAUGUGCCGAAACCGGUUGUGGAUUUGAGUUGCGAAAGGUUGACAAGCAAGAGCUUGAGGAGAAGAUCACCGAGGCUAACGAAGACAAGGCUGUCAACGGUAUCAUGGUCUACUAUCCCGUUUUUGGUGGCAAACAGGAUGCCUAUCUGCAAAGCUGCGUCAGCGAACUCAAGGAUGUCGAAGGUCUUUGUCACAAGUUUGUAUUCAACGUAUAUCACAAUGUGCGCUACAUGGACGAACAGGAGACCAUGAAGUGCAUUAUCCCAUGCACGCCAUUGGCCAUUGUCAAGAUUCUCGAAUACAUUGGUGUGUACAACUCUGUCAUUACCUAUGGCAACCGUUUGUACGGCCGCACCAUUACUGUUGUGAACCGUAGUGAAAUUGUCGGCCGACCGCUGGCUGCCAUGUUGGCCAACGACGGUGCCAAAGUGUACUCGGUGGACGUCAACGGUAUCCAACUGUUUACACGUGGCAAUGGUAUCAAGCUCAAGGCGCACAAGGUUGAGGACAUUGAUGCCAAAUUAGAAGACGUGGUGGGACAGUCGGAUGUGGUUAUCACGGGUGUUCCGACGCCCAACUACAAGUUGCCUACCUCGUUGCUCAGAGACGGUGUCGUUGCCAUUAAUUUUUCGUCGUUCAAGAACUUUGAAGACGAUGUCAAGACCAAGGCUUCAAUCUUUGUUCCCUCGGUUGGCAAGGUGACGGUUGCCAUGUUGGAGCGUAACUUGCUUCGUUUGACCGAUUACCAGAACAACCUUUUUGAAAAGCCAAAGUCAUCCUAAAAUUUCCACCCGCUCUCAUAGAUAGAAUAUGUAUAAAGAAAAGCCCAUAACACAUACUCACUUCCCCCAUACACACUUACGCUGCAUAUCUUUUUCCUUUCCUUUCUUCAUUUUUAUAUACACAUUUUCUGCUACUCUUCUCACGACAUAGCGUUAAUUUCUGACUGUAGAUCCAAAUAUCAAAACAGAGUAUAUCGCAUAGAAUUAAGACCAUCUUGUGCUGUUUAAAUCAAUUGGGGACACGAGAAUAUGCGGGCGGUGCCAAUACACACAAUUAGCA